AUGGAGGAGGAGUUGACAAGAGCGAGGCUCGAGGAGAUUAUCAAAAAGUGUUUUAAAGAAAGAACUCUUGCUCCUGUUCACGAAUUUGUGACAGCUACCGAAUUGACAAUUUUGUGUAAAAUGGCCAUUCCCAUAUUUUCACACGAAACCUCACUCCUCUUUAUCAACGCGCCACUCCAUGUGAUCGGUGACCUUCACGGACAAUUUACUGAUUUGCUCAAAUUUCUCGACCAAACUGAUAUACAGACAGACAAAUUUUUGUUUUUAGGGGAUUACGUUGACAGAGGACCGAGGUCUGUGGAUGUUGUUUUGUUGGUAUUUGCGUUAAAAGUAUUAUACCCUGACAGGUUUUUUCUCUUAAGGGGAAAUCAUGAAUCGGAAAAUGUGAAUCACCUAUAUGGAUUUUAUGACGAAUGUAAACGACGAUUUGAUGUGAGAGUGUGGCGGUGUUUUUGUGAAGCGUUUCGAUAUCUUCCCGUGUCUGCAUUAAUCGAAGGAAAGAUUUUGUGUUUACAUGGGGGGCUUUCAAAAUCGAUGACCGACUUAUCGUGUUUGAUGCAAAUAGUAAGACCAACAAAUAUACCGGGAGAAGGACUUUUGUGCGACGUUGUGUGGUCUGAUGUAUCUGAUGAACAUAUGGGAUGGUGUGACAAUGCAAGAGGUACGUCAUACACAUUUGGAAGAGAUGUUGUCGAGGAGUUUAUGAAGAAGAAUGGCAUUGAGUUGUUAUGUCGAGCACACCAAAUGGUAGAUGAGGGCUUUUCGUUCUGUUUUGACAACAAAGUCCUCACCCUCUUUAGUGCACCAAAUUAUUGUAACAGUUUUAAUAAUUGUGGUGCUAUGAUGAAUGUCGACGAGAACUUAAGAUGUGAUUUUGUUAGACUACGACCGGAUGAUGCGGAUGUUGAUUGA